AUGACGUCAUAUCCGGCUCAGCAUCAUAAUCUGAAUCGCACCUCCAAAAUGGUGGUUGACAAUUAUGUAAAAAUAAAAAAAGAUAGAUUAAGAUUUUGUGCAAAUAAUCAAGCUCAAUUGAGAAGUGAAACAUAUAAAGGACUGAUGGAUUAUUUACACAAUCAUGAGUUGGAAAAUGAUGUGCACGUGGGAAAAACGCUUAUAUUGCCUUCUACUUUUAUAGGAUCACCUCGCAAUAUGAUGCAACAAUAUCAGGAUUCGAUGGCUAUUGUUGCUCGUCAUGGUAGACUAGAUUUAUUUAUCACAAUGACGUGUAAUCCAAAUUGGAAAGAGAUACAGGAAAAUUUAUUCCCCUGUCAAACUGCUGCUGAUAGACCUGAUAUCUUUCCUAAUUUUAUUUUGUGUUCAUACAUUUUUCUAUUUUCAUACGUGUGCAGUUAUUACGGUCUUGGAUUGUGGUUACCAGAAUUGUUUAACCGCUUUGAGACUUAUUACAAACAUCAUCCAAAUAGUUCUGUGUCUGUCUGCGAAUUAAUAAAUGACGCAAAUAAAAUUGAUGUUUCAAAUAUAAGUAAAUAUAAUCUUUCCUGCACUGGAAUAAACGAACAGGUCUUUAUAAAUACAUUAAUUAUCAACGCAGUUUGUUUGUUGGGAAAUGUUACUUCUGGAUAUUAUGCUGAUCGAGUAGAACGGCGAACAAUACCAGUGACUACAAUGUUAAUUGCUGGCAUGGCUGGUGUAGCAAUUUAUUUUGUAACAUCAUCACUACAAAAUCUUAUUGUUUCCUGUAUAUUUUCUGUUGCAAUUGCAACAGCCAAUUUUGCCCUAAGUGGUGCUGUGAUUGACAUUUUUCCAACUCACGUUGGUGCUAUGGCUAUUUGUUUAUCCGUAUGUUUUGGCAGAAUAGGAGCAAUACUCAGUAAUUUAAUUUUUGGAAUGCUCUUAGAUAUUAGUUGUGACAUUCCAAUUUUUUUGGUUGCAUCUAUGGUUCUCCUUGGUGGUUUUCUGGGAUUCUUAAUUCCUCAAUCUAGACGUAGAAUAUAGUCUUUAUUAUUUUGUUUUACUCUAUCGUCGGAAAUUGGUAGUACGGCUAUAUGUGCACGGCCCAAACCAUACUAAUUUUCAAAUCACUAUUUAUAAGUAAAAAAAUGUCAGAAAAUUUAAAAAAUGCAUCAGAAGAAAGCUUAUAAAAUUCUACGUUCAAUGAAACAAUAUUGAAAAUUUUAAUACAUUAUACAAAGAUUUUAGUGCUAAACAAGUUUGAAGAAAAUAAAAAUUUUUCAUUUGACAUUUUUUAACCUCUGGAGUAUUUUUGAAAAAUUGCAAAAAAAAAUUAAAACAUAUAGGGGACAUUCCACGUUAACUGUGUCAGAGCUCCAAACAGGGCCGGAUUUACUUGACAGGGGGCCCUACGCAACCCUGGUAGGGGCCCCAUGUAAGGAAAGGUUUUUUCAAAAAUUUACCAAGUUUAAAAUUUUAAGUAAAGUAUAUUUUAUAUUAGAAUUAAGCACGCUACUUAAAUUUCUAAACAUUUAAAAUUAUUUUGCAAAAUACUUUUUUCUUUAAAAAUUUUUUCAUUUUUUAUAACAAAUAUUUUAGAUGGUUGGGCCUUUAUGCUGUGGGGGCCCAUAGGCAGUUGCCUAGUUUGCCUCUGUAUAAAUCCGGCCCUGGCUUUAAACAAAAAUUGCUCUAAAGGAUUUAAAUAUUCUAGCGCUUAAAAGAUUUCCACAUUCGUGUACUUUAAGAUGUCGAUGGGCGUUUUAAAAAAAAUUUCAUUUUCGAUUUCAACAGAACUGUCAAAUGUCCAAAAAGUUUAAAAUACCUACUUUUAUGAAUUAAAUUAUUCUGUAAUUCAUUCUUUAACAGUUUUUAGGGUCGCUGAUUUCGAAUAAGAAGUCACUUUUUACAAAUUAAAAAUGGCGGAUCCAAUAUGGCCCAUCGGCAUCUGAAAGUACACGAAUGUAAAAAUCUUUUAAGCACUAUAGAAUGUUUAAAUCCAUCAAAGAAAUUUUUGUUUGGAUCUCUGUUCCUUGUUGACGUGGAAUGUCCCACAUAUAUCAUCAUUCAAAUCUCAUCUUUAAUUUAAGACCAAAAUAGUUAAACAUUGUAUUCCUUUUCAAACUUGUCAAGUGCUAAAAUCAUUUAAUAAUUUUUUUAAAUUAUCAAUUGCGUAUCAUUAAACGUUAAAUAUUAUAAGAUUUCAAAAAAUGAUAUAUUUUAAAUUUUUUUUGGCAUUUGCUUCCCUAAUAGCAACGGAUAUUCAGGGAUAUCCUACAGACGUCCGAAUCACAUCUGGAAAUUUGGAUAUACCUAAGAUAUUGUUAAGAAAAUUCCUUAAUUUGGAUAUCCUUAAGACAUCUCAGGACAUCCUACGGAUAUAAUAGAUUCCAGAUAUGCUUAGUACAUCCGUAGAAUAUCCGAAUGUUGUUAGGGUUUACUUAAAUAUCGUGAUUGAAAGACUAGUAUAUUUUUGGCCGCACUUCUGCAGCAGUACCGAGAAUUUCUGAUGAUAGAGAAUUCUAUACGUCGGAUAAGGGAAAACAACAACGUGUUUGCUACGAUACAAGACGAGAAGACUCACGUGAUUGAUUGUCAGAAUUGAUAAAAUAUAUUUUAACCAUAUAUUUGUGAGUUAAUCAAAUUAAUAAUAUAAUGACAUAUUGUAAAACUUUAAUAUAGCUUCACUACUCUGAAUUGUUAUUUUUCAGAUUAAUAUAAUAAGGUGAUUAUAUUAUUAAAAUUGUAUCUUAAAUUUCUAUAUGAUAGUUAAUAAAAUUUCUGUUUUAUAAGAUAUUUAAAUAUAAUAUAUUACAGUAUAAUAUUUGUAUGCUCCACUUAUUAUGCUUGUUCAUUUACAUGAAAGCACAAUAAAAGCGUGGAAGACGUACAUUGAGAGCCAAAAAUAUUAUUACUGAAAGAAAGUAUUAUAAUUUUCUUUAAAAUAAAGUUUUAGUGUGUUUCAAAUUUAAUUAAAUUUUCUAUUUAAUUAAGAAAGAAAAAAUCUCUUUUACAAGGG